AUGGACCACAAAUCACCAGUCGCAUCGGCUGAGCCCGUCCCUCGACCCGCAGGAUGGAUGUACAAGGCGGGCUCCAUCGGCAAGUUCUCUACCAGCUGGUAUGCCUCUCCGCGCAUCCAACUCGGCAUGGUCGCCUUCGUUUGCUUCCUCUGCCCAGGCAUGUUUAAUGCCCUGAGUGGUCUAGGUGGCGGAGGUAAAUCUGACCCCAGCUUGGCGGACAAAAUGAACAUCGCACUGUACAGUACCUUCGCAGUCGUGGGUUUCUUCGCCGGCACCAUCGUCAACCGUCUCGGCUCCAUUAGUCUCUUGGUUUCGGAGCAUAAGUAUGUCCCCGGUUUCAACAUCUUCGCCGGCGCCUUCCUGGGUGUUUGCGCCGGUCUCCUCUGGGCCGCCCAGGGCACCAUUAUGAUGUCCUAUCCUUCCGAACACCAAAAGGGCCGCUACUUCGCUUGGUUCUGGGCCAUUUUCAACAUUGGUGCUUGCAUCGGCAGUUUGAUCCCGCUCGGCCAAAACAUUAAUGUCAAAGAGAACAAGACCGUCGGCGAUGGAACUUACAUCGCCUUUAUUGUCCUUAUGUUCUCCGGCGCUUGUCUGGCGCUCUUCCUUUGCGAUGCGGAUAAGAUCGUGCGCCCUGAUGGAUCGCGUGUCAUUCUGCGAAAGCACCCGAGCUGGAAGACUGAGAUUGUAGGACUUUGGGAAACCAUUCGCUCCGAGCCCUGGAUUAUUCUUCUUUUCCCCAUGUUCUGGUCUUCCAAUUGGUUCUAUACAUAUCAGCAAAACGCCAUUAAUGGCGCUUACUUCAACACACGCACUAAGGCACUCAACGGUUUCUUGUAUUGGUUCGCGCAGAUCGUCGCGGCUGUCAUCAUUGGUCCGCUUCUUGAUUUGGAGAAGGUGAGGCGGUCUGUGAGGGCCAAGGCUGCGCUGGUCAUUCUCUUCAUUUUAACCGUUGUCAUCUGGGGCUCUGGGUAUGCUUGGCAGAAGAAGUAUACUCGUGAUGACGUGAAUCCUAAGAUUCACCCUGAGUUCAAGGGCUGGGAUUGGGAGACUAAGGGAUACGUUGGGCCUAUGUUCUUGUACUUUUUCUACGGGAUGUACGACGCUAUCUGGCAAGGUGUUGUCUACUGGAUCAUGGGCGCUCUCGGUAACUCAGGCCGCAAGCUGGCUAAUCUUGCAGGCUUCUACAAGGGUCUGCAGUCAGCCGGCGCAGCCGUGAUGUGGUCUCUCGACGAUCACAAGCUGCCCUACAUGAACGAAUACGCCUCAAACUUCGGUCUCCUAUGUGGCUCCAUUCUCGUCGCUGUCCCCGUCGUCUUCUACAAGAUCAAGGACUCUGUCCCUGUCGAAGAAGAGCUCGCUGGUACCGGCGAGACUCUUGAAGACGUUCUUCCACCCGGUGCUGUUGAAUCCAGGCGCACCGGCGAUGAGAAGAUCUAA